CUCUUGGUGUCCGAUUUUAUUCCGUCCAACCGACAACUGCGGUGUUGCUCAGUGGUGAUGGAAGGUCUGAUCAAAUCAAUGCUCACGACGUCGGGUUUCGAUUCCAUGGCAUACGUCCGCGAGGUCAUCAUGGACUCUACCUUCAACACCAACGGCACACACGUCGGCACCGAGGAUGGCACGAAUCCUCGGUACGAGAUCUUCGUCCUCAUGAUUCCGUUCCGUGGGGAGGGCUACCCUAUUGCCUACCUCUACGUUCCUACAACAAACGUCUCGCAGCUCAAAAUCAACAUCAUCGCUGCAUGGCUCGAGUCCAUCCGAGAGAAGUUCAACCUCCAUCCAGAAUGGGUCCAUCUCGACAAAUGUUCCAGCGAGAUUGGAGCCGUGGACCUCAUCUGGGCCGCAUCGAAGAUGUCAUUAUGCCUUUGGCAUGUCGACCAGGCCAUCCGACGUCGCUUUCAAGAUUCGAAAGGUACUACGGACCCGUACAACCCCACCGACGACGACUUGAACAACAUCCCUCUGCACGUCAUCUCCUUUCCCGACACGACCACGCAUCACAAAAGUUUCGUGCCACAUCCCCAAGACGCCAAGACAUUGUGCAACGAAGUAGUUGCGAUGAUGAAGUGCCACUAUUUGAUGCACGCGCUACUCGACCCGAGCUUGAAGGACUCGUCACCGGAUGCCAUCUACAGGCAGUGCCUCAACGAGAUGUACGAGUUCUGCUGUGAACGCGGACUCGACGUACGCCCCGAACAAGUGGCGAUUGUGGGCUCGGUCGUGGUACGAGCAUGGUGUGUCCACAUUGCGGACUAG